AUGGAUUUCUGCGUAACGUUUCGGCAUAUCUGUGUCGUCGUCUCAUCACUUCCAGCUGUUUCACUGAUAAUAUGUAUUCUUAGGUGUAUGACUACGAAUCCAUGUAGUAGAAUUGAUUGCACGGAUACCAAUUUCCUACCUUCUGUAAGUGCUACUCUUAGUGGUAAUGGAUCACACAGGGUGAUGUGGAUCAUAUCAAUUCUCAUUACUUCGGCUUACAGGCUAUUGAUUCUAUUAAAUAGUUACAUAAAUUCACGCAACUUGUUUAACUCAUUAUCAGGCAAAGGUCAUAUAUACAUUUCUUAUUUGCCAUAUCUCUCAAAUUUUAUUGAAAUAUUUUCACUCAAUAUGCUUAGCAUUGUCUCUUCAUCUGAUAACUAUAUUCAGCAUCGCCGUUACGUCUGUGCUUUUGCUUUUUUCUCGGUGGUCUAUAUGAUAACAGAUGUCUACGUAUUACAACUCAGGCUUAAAACCACCGAAAAUGCUUUUCUGAGUAACAUAUUACGAAAGAAGAUAUGUCUUAUGAUCUUCUACUUAAUUUGUUUGUUGGUUCUAAUACUGUGUUUCUGGAUUCACAUGACAUUUUGUCCUCCAUAUGCUCAUACUGUGUUCUCUGCAGUUGAAUAUGCUGCAAUAUUUGCGAACAUCAUCUAUCACUAUACAACCUCCAAUAUAUUUGAAGAUAUAUCAAUGAAGAAAAUGAUCACUUACUUUUGCACCGGUCGAACUAUUCCAUUCGUAAAUAUGAAAUCAGAACAACCAUUGUUGGAAGUAAAAUAA